AUGACAAAACGGUUGAGUGUAACUGAAAAAAUCGGCCGCAAGCCUGCAUCCAGAGCGUGUGUGUUCUGCCACUCCAAGCACCUCCAGUGUUCGAAUGAGAGGCCCUGUAGGAAUUGCGUGAAGCGAAAUAUAGGCCACGAAUGCCAUGAUAUCGUGCGGAAAAAGGCCAAGUACAUGAAGGUCAACAGUGGGUCGAAAAGCCAGUCCGCAAUGUCCUCUUCCAUGGAGCCUGAGUCGAGCGAUGCGCCUGGCGGUAACCACCCAGCCUUACACCAGCAACAGCUACAUCAACACAAGCAACAACAUCUGCAACAACUCUUGCCAGCAAUCAAGCAAGAGAGGUCCAAUUUCAACAACAAUCGAAUGCUCAACACUACAAACGAUGUGCUAAAUAGAAUAUCUACAAAUACCAACCAGUAUUUGGAUUUCGGCAGGGUCGCAGAGCAACAACAAAGCGUAAACAGUCCGAACCUCGAUAUGUUUAAUUCCAAUUAUCUUAACCAAGAGUAUUUGAUGUUGGGAGAUAUCUUAUUGCACAGUAAGCCAACGUCUCCACUGCCUUCUGCUUCUUCUGAAGCUCAACUGCAGCUACAACAGCAGCAUUCACUUCCACAGAGCCAGCUCCAAUCCUACGAUCCUGUACUAGAUAAUGUGGAUGUACUGCAGCGUCUCUCCUCACAACAGCAGCAACAGCAGCCCCCAGCGGUUAUAAACCGUAAGAAGAACAAGGUCGACACGCGUCCGUUCAUCUCUCUAGGGUUCUCAAAGCUGUACAGCGAACACGAACUAGACUUGAACGUCAACAACAUCACUUACAAUUCAUUCAAUACAAGAGAAACUACAGAGAACAGCAGUAAUACGGAAGGGAUACUUGACAACAGAGCAGAUUCCAAGUUUAUUGUACACAACCAAAUAAUGCAAAACAAAGAAACGUCAGCCUUCAACAAAUCUCUCAAGACUUCUUCAACCAACUUACCCUACGAGUAUAUGAGCCCGAUGGAGACCCAUAACUUAUACCAGAGAGUGCAGGACAUUUACGCAAAAAACAUAGUAGACUUUGAGUACCCUCAAUCGUACCAUCUGUUGACAUACUUUCUUAAAAAGAGAUUCCUGGGCAACACAUUGUCACUAGAAGGUAAACAAAGGAAAAGAGCUAAUUUACUUAUAAUUUUAAAGCUUAUUGCCAGCUAUAGACCAACAUUCAUUUCUGCACACAAAUCGUUACUAAAGCCGUACGAUUUCCAGUUUUUAGAGAUGUCAUUCCAAAGAUCAUUGAUCGAUUGCGAAAAACUCGCACAAUUGAACCUGUCCCCCACUAUUAUAUGGCGUAGAACGGGGGAAAUAGUAUCGUUGUCAGACGACUUAUUGAGCUUGUUGGGAUUCAGCGUAAGAGACAUACUAUCCAAAAGAACGUUUAUCAUGGAAUUGAUGUACGACGACGAACUGAUUGUCAACUAUUUUAAAUUAUUCAAAUCGGUUGCAGUUGGUAACUUGCAUAGUAGUAUCAUCACCAAGUGCAAAUUGAUAAGGAAAGUAGAUGAGGAAAAUGGUAGCGAUAAGCACAGUCAAAGCAGCCACAUACUGAAUCAUGAUCUCUACAACGAAGACCUGUCAACAGAAUUGAAUGACUACAUUGAAUUUUGCUCGGUAUGGACCGUGAAGAGAGACCUUUUCGAUAUCCCCAUGCUUAUCGUGGGGCAGUUCUUGCCUAUAUUCACGCAAGGCGAAGGUGUACGGAUGUACUAG